AUGUCAACCAGUGGCGCGCUCUAUUCGAGCGCAUCGCUCAAAGCUGCCAAUGCGCAACCCUAUAGUGUGAUGGAGGGCAAGCUAGACCCGAUGCUAUUGCAAGCGUUGAAAGACAUGAACUUCGACUUUAUGACACCAGUACAAAGUCAAGUUUUGGCAGGAUUGCCAUCUCUGAAGAGUGAUUGUCUCGUCCAAGCAAAGACUGGGACUGGCAAGACGACGGCUUUCCUGCUUCCGGCCAUCCAGAAUACAAUCAUCGAGGCACCACGUAGAGGGCAGGUUGCUGUACUUAUCCUUUCCCCAACGCGAGAACUAGCCCUUCAGAUUGCAGCAGAGGCUUCACGAUUAGUGUCCAGGUUGAGAAUGCCUUUGCAAGUUCACACAGCAUUUGGAGGCACAGCAAAGGCGAGCAACCUGAGCAAAUUCAGAAACGGCGAUCCCAAAAUACUAGUCGCCACACCCGGAAGGCUUAACGAUUACUUGAGUGAAUCGGAUGUGAGAGCGAAAUUUGAUGGAAUGAAGACGCUGAUUUUAGAUGAAGCUGAUAGAAUGCUGGAUGCUGGAUUCCUUCCAGACAUUCUUAAGGUGUUGCGCGUUCUACCAUCUAAAAGGAACGGGCAAUGGCAGGGCAUGUGCUUCUCCGCCACCCUUCCGCCCAAGAUCCAACAGGUGCUCUCCAAUGUGCUGAAGGAAGAUUAUGUCUCAAUCUCUACCAUCGAGGCAUCUGAACCUCCGACGCUAGAGAAAGUCCCCCAGUACUCCAUCGUAAUUCCUGAGGUCGAGGAUACAUUUCCGGCCCUCUUCUCCCUCAUCAAAGAAGAACUAAACGCCACCGAGGGAGACUCAAAAAUAAUUGUGUUUGGGACAACCGCAAACUUAGUUGCUCUAUACGCUCAAGUGUUCGAGGCCCAGACGCAUCUCAAGGUCUACGAGCUGCAGAGUCGGCUGUCUCAGCCGGCCAGGACCAAGGCCACUGAUGCAUUCAGGCAAGCCAAGAGUGGUCUUAUGUUCGCUACUGAUGUCAUCGGCCGAGGAAUGGAUUUUCCCGAUGUCACUCUUGUCUUGCAAGUCGGCCUUCCCGCGGACGCCGAUUCUUACACUCACCGAGUCGGCCGAACAGCUCGCGCUGGAAAAGACGGUAGAGCCGUACUUCUCCUGACACAGGCGGAGUCGUUUUUCUUGAAAGUAAAUCGACAAUUCCCCAUCAACGCAUAUCCCGCUUCUAACAAGAUCCUGAAUGAUGCGACCUCACGUAGCCAGAUCUUCAAUGUCUUGCAAUCCGUGGAGCCCAAGAGCAAACAAAAAGCGUAUUCAGCGUAUCUAGGCUUCAUGAAGGUGUUCCUAAACAAAAUGCAGAUUGAUGCCACCGCACUAGUCAGAAUGGCAAACGUAUUUGCCAUGGAGGGGAUGCAGUGCAAUAAGAUCCCAGAAAUGGAAAAGAAGACGGUUGGGAAAAUGGGCUUAAAGGGCGUUCCUGGGAUUCAUUACGCGGCGCCAUCUCAGGACGGUCAGCCAGGCAUGAAGCGAGACGCGCCUGUUCAGGAUCAUGCGGCUGAUCGCGAUGGUCCAUCAAGGAGACUCAGGCACCAGGGCGUUCCUGAACCUGUGAACACCUUUGCAUACAGCAACGGGUUUGGAGUCCCAGGAGGUCGUGAAGGGCGAGGACGUGGCGCGCCGGGCAGAGGAGACCACGGUAUGCGAGGGGGAAGAGGAAUCGGCAGAGGCGGAAGAGGGGGAGGAGACCACGGUAUGCGAGGAGGAAGAGCAAUAGGCAGAGGCGGAAGAGGCGGAGGAUCCCAAGAGAAACGUCGUGAGAGGAACUCUCUCGUGGCAUAG